AUGUACAAGCAGUGGUCUUUCAAACUAUUGAGCACCAUUGGUAUAUUGAUUCAUUUACUCCUCGUUGAUAUCCCUAAAGAUAUUAUAAGAUGGAUCACACUGAAUCAAAAGAAUGUCGACGGGCAGUUAAUUGUGGUGACCGGUGGCGCCUCAGGAUUGGGCAGGCGCAUAACAGAAAUUUUGUCUCUCGAGGGAGGCGCGCGAGUAGUUAUACUCGAUGUCAAUCUCUGUGAAGCUCAAGAAACAGUCGCCUCGAUAGUGCAUGGAGGUGGCCAAGCAUACGCGUACUACUGUGAAAUUAGCAAUGACGAAGAAGUUCGAGAAGUUGCUAAGGACAUCUUCCAGAAACAUGGUUUGCCUUAA